AUGGCAGAAAAGCGCGCCGAAUCCGUUGAGAUGGCGCCACCAGACGACCAUCAUGGCUGGACAGGCGAGACCUCUGCUGAGGCUCGUGCUGCCACAGCCGCAGAACACUCCCUCAGCAUCCGCCAGGCCAUCCAGAAAUACCCCAAGGCCUGCUUCUGGUCCUGUGUUGUGUCCCUUGUAAUUAUCAUGGAUGGUUACGACACAGCCCUACUUGGAUCACUCUUUGCCUUCCCCAACUUCCAAAAGCGAUUUGGUAUCCCGAAUCCUUCUAAGCCAGGAACCUACCAGCUUGAGCCCAAGUGGCAAACAGCUCUUGGCCUGGCAAGUUCCCUGGGAGGCAUCGUUGGUAUCUUUUUCAACACGUGGAUGACAGAGAGGAUUGGACACAAGAAGACUCUUUUGAUAUCUCUGUUCUGGUUGACUGGAACUAUCUUCAUCUCCUUUUUUGCCCCUUCAGUUGAGGUUCUCUUCGUUGGUCAACUGCUUUGCGGCCUGGGAUGGGGUGUCUUCACCACGAUGGGACCUGCGUAUGCCUCUGAGGUCGCUCCUGUGGUUCUUCGCGCAUAUCUUGAGACGUACGUUGUGCUGUGCUGGGGCAUUGGUCAGCUCCUAUCUUACGCUGUUCUGGACUCUCUUGUUGGCAACAAGAGUAUCUGGGCCUGGAGGAUUCCUUUUGCCGUGCAGUGGGUAUGGCCUGUUAUCAUCGCACCUCUGAUGUUCUUCUGCCCCGAGUCGCCCUGGUGGCUGGUCCGCAGUGGAAGGUUGGAAGAGGCCAAGAUGUCCCUGAAGAGGCUUACGUCCAACAUGUCGGACGAAGAGCUUCAGAACCAGCUAUCUCUUAUGGUGCAGACCACAGAGCUUGAGCGCAGCAUCACAGAGGGAGCGUCGUAUCUCGACUGCAUCAGGGGAUCCAACCUCUGGCGCACGGAGAUCGCAUGUGUUGCCUGGGCCAGUCAAGUCCUUGUUGGUUUCGGCGUUUCCUCUUAUGCCACAUACUUUUUCGAACAGGCCGGUAUGUCGACCAAGAACGCUUACAAGUUGACUGUUGGCCAAGGUGGUCUUCACUUUGUCACCGUCCUCCUGUCUGUCUUCAUCAUCGCGAGGCAUGGACGGCGAUCGAUUUACAUUUGGGGCUGCCUCAUAAUGUCCGCUGCUAUGUUUGUCAUCGGCUUUGUGGCCAUCCCAAGGCAAAGCAGUGCCACAGGAGGCGUCUCUGCAGCGUUCUAUUACGUGUGGUAUUCUACCUACGAGAUGACGAUCGGCCCAAUUGCCUAUAUCAUUGUCGCCGAGGUUUCGUCUACUCGCCUGCGCUCCAAGACAAUUGGUCUGGCUCGGAAUGCCUACAAUGUCAUCAAUAUUGCCGCCACAUGCGUUGUUCCUCAUAUUCUUAAUCCCACAGCUGCGAACUGGAAGGGAAAGUCUGCUUUCUUAGCUGCCGGCUUCUGUAUCCUCUGCGCCGUUUGGGCUUGGUUCCGUCUUCCUGAACUGAAGGGUCGCACUUACGAGGAGCUCGACAUUCUUUUCACGAAGAAUCUGGGCGCUCGCGAUUUCAAAGGCUAUGAAUUUGAGAAUAAUAUUGAUAUUGAUGAGAAGUUGGGCGUCGAGUACAAAGAAUGA